AUUUUAAAUUACAUUUAACACAUUGAGAAAAAAAAACAAUUGUUUUUAGUAGUGUUCUCCACACAAGAUCUCCACAAUAAAGACUUCAAAAAACACAAACAGAAAUUAACUAAACAAAAAAAACUUACAAAAACACAAAUAAACUGCAAAACACAAAAAAAAUGUUAAAACAUAAGUUUAAAACGACGGAAUAUUAUGAAGUAGAGACAAAGGACGAGGUUGAAGAAAGGAUACAGACUUAUCGGUUCAGUGCUGAAGAUAAUGACAUCGACCCCUGGGAUAUUCCCUUUCCCUUGCCGGAGCACAAAGACCCGUCCAUGUGCCGUGAUGAGUUCCUCAGCACCUUCAUAGAGGAGCACGAAACCAGGGCGGAAUCCAUAAUGCCCAGAUCGACAAUUAAGGCCAUGUCGGUGAUUCAGGGACUUGAGGAUUCCAAGGUCCCGGAGUUGGAAAAGGGUGCCGAGGCAAUGGUGGUACUGCAGUUGGCCAGGCAGCGCCAGAAGGGGAACUUGACGAAGACCGUGGAGCAGUUCUUGGAGGCAAUAAGGAUGCGGCCCACCCUGCUGGCGGACCUAAAUCGCCAAAUCCAGAAGGCGGCCAUCGAGUUUCUAUCAGUGCGUCUGCUCAAGCAGUUGCGCCUCUUUUCGAGUCCCUGGCCGGGAGAGCUGGAGGAGAUCCCCUACCAUCUGUUCAGCUGGUCUUUGGAUAACUUUAUGACGCGCCUAGACGUAAAACAGAUGUAUCUCGAUGUCAUUAAUCGGGAGCGGAGCGUGGAGGAUCUCGACUGCCAUAAGUUCUGCAAGGAUCUGAGCGAGAUUGAACUCCUUAUAUAUGAAAUCCGACAGGAUUAUCGCGACGAUAAGGAUCUCUGCAAGAACAGUCUCAAAUCGUUGCGGAGUGCUCAAUACAACACGAAUGCCCCAUGGGUCAAGACCCUUGAAAGGAAUCUUAGAAUUAUUGAAAACGAUAAUUUCGACUCCGUAUUCUUUAACCGAACCAGCUCCUUUAAGAUGCUACAUCGUCACACUUCUGUAAUGGGUGACUUCGAGUCCUCCUCGGCUUUGGAUCCCAUCGAGAUGCGAUAUCAAAUCAAUUGGAUAAGAAGCUGUACGGAACAGAGACUGUUCCGGAUAAAUGGACGGGAGGAUGCAAUGAGAGAGGGACUAAAGGAUCUGAAGGAGCAGAUGAUGCAGGACGAGUCAGUGCAGUAUUCCUCGGAGCUUAUGUAUUCCUUGGAAUUGGGCAAGCUCAGGGCCAGCAUUAGGGAUUGGCAGGAGCGGCAGUACACCGAUCUGGAGAAAGCUGACGUCAUGUGUACCGUAUCAAAGCUUGCUCUUCAAAAGGUCAAGGACGAUCUCAAGUUUUACAUGGAGCAGAAGGAAAUGUAUUUAAGACGAUUAGAAGAGGUGCAAGCUGUUAUAGCCCUCGAGAACAAGGCUCGCGAACAGAAGGAGUCUGCCGAAAGAUUGUCCAGGAAGUCUGAGAGGAAGUCUGCAAGGAUGUCUGUAAGAAAGUCUCUGAGAAAGUCUGAAAUAAAAUCAGAGCGAAAGUCAGAGAUAAAGUCGGAUCGAAAGUCGAUUUCCGAGAGGAAAUCUGAAAGAAUGUCUGAAAGGAAAUCCCGAAAUUCUAAAGCCCUAUAGUAUAUUUUUCGGUUUGGAUUAUUUCACUUGUAUAUGUUUCCAAUUUACCAAAGAGAUCAUUAAAAUAUUGUGUUAAA